AAAGUAUUUAAGUGUUUUCAGUUUAAUAUUAUUGUAAAAUAUGAGUUGAAGCCAUUUAUGCAUGCAUUAAAAUUAUUGUACGUAUAAGCUUGUCUAAUGAUGUAGUGCUUAUUAUUGAUGGUAUUUAUUUAAAAAAUAUAUGAAGCCAAAGUCAUUAGUAAUUUUUAUUUGAGAAAAAUAUUUAAUAUAUAAUUUUACCUUAUUUACCAUUACUAUUUACUACUACUAUGUCGUCAUUAUUAAGUUACGAGACGCUUGUCCACGCGAUUGCUGGAGCUACGGGCAGUGUUGUUGGAAUGGCUGCAUUUUAUCCUUUAGAUACAUUGAGAUCAAGGAUACAAGUUGACGAUUCCAUUAAACUGCAUGGCUCAUCACUAGAGCUAUUGAUCAAAAUAGCCCAUAAAGAGGGUAUUCAUUCCCUAUAUCGUGGAUUAUAUCCUGUUCUGCAAUCUCUAUCUAUUUCAAAUUUUGUUUACUUUUAUACAUUCCAUGCUUUGAGACGAGCAGCCAUGAACAGUACUUCAGCACUAAGAGAUUUAAUGUUUGGAAUGUUAGCUGGUAGUAUUAAUGUUCUCCUUACCUCUCCCCUCUGGGUGGUAAACACCAGGAUGAAGCUUCAAAAUAACUCUUACUCAAAUCUUUUUGAAGGUCUAUACAUUAUUUUGAAGGAGGAAGGUUGUAAGGGUUUAUGGUCAGGUACAGUCCCAUCUUUAUUAUUAGUUUCAAAUCCAGCUAUUCAGUUCAUGGUGUAUGAAUCUUUAAAGAGAAAAAUUGUGUCUAAGGGAUAUUUUGAUUCUUACACUGCAUUUUUACUUGGUGCCAUAGCUAAAGCAAUUGCUACAACUCUAACAUAUCCCUUGCAGCUCAUUCAAUCAAGACUUAGAGCUGGUACAAGUGUUAAACCUUUGCUCAAAAACAUGAAAUCAAAACCUUUGUCAAUGUUCCGUGGUUUGGAAGCUAAGUUGUUGCAAACUGUUAUGACCGCAGCAUUGAUGUUUUUAAUUUAUGAGAAGGUUGUAGGUUUAGUUAUAACUAUAAUGAGAGUGAAGGUAGCAAAAAAAUGAAUCAAAUAAUUUAUUAAGCACCAAUUUGAGCUCUCUGGUAUUUGUUGUGUCAAUUUAUAUGAAAAUUUUCCUAUCAAUAUUAAAAAUUACCUAAACUAUUGGUGGCUGGUACAAAUAUUUUAGCUUUUGGAAUGGGUGUUGUGAAAUAUUUAAAUAAAUAAUAUGUUUCUAUGGUUUUAUUGUAAUAUGGUCCAAGUUCGAAGUUAUAUUCAUAAGACAAACCUAUAAAAUGUUUGUUUGUUAAAAUACCUUUUUUUACGGUGGAGUUGAAAACUAAUGCCAUAAAUUAUCUAUAUUUGUAACAGUUAAAUUAAAAAUGAUAUUUAUAUACUUUGCUAGCUUAAAACAAAUUCAUAUAAGUUGUAAAUCAUUUAGACCAUACUUACAGUGCUUGUUUGUUAUGUUUUAUGUACAAAUAAAAUGCAAAUGUUAUAGUAUAUAAUACACAUUUUCCUUUACCAGCUAGUAAUGACCAACAGGACAUAUUACAAAAAUAUUUUCAAUUAUAUAAGGCGGUAGGAGUUGUUUGGGCUCUUGUAAAAUUUAUAAUAAUGUAUGCAUUUCUUUUAGUUAAAUGAAAUGUUACAAAUUAUAAAGUAACUGUGAUUAAAACCAAAUAUUUUUUCCAAAAAAUAACAAUUAGUUAUAAAAUGUAAUAUUGUACGGGUUAAGGAAAUAAGGAAGGGGAUAAAUUAAUUAAUUAAAACAAUUGUUUCCUUUAAUUU